AAGGUGAAGCCUCUCUGGUAGAUCUGCUCACUGCUGUUGCAGCUUCUGGCGAAUCAAAGAUUCAGAAUCUAACCAUCGAUGGUCCGGCAGUCGGUCAGGAAUUAGCUACCGUUUUAAGCCUUGUUCUUCGAAUUCCGAGACUGAAGUCCUUGAAGCUCCGAAUCAAAGAUACCCAGGGCAUUGAGCGAUUGUCAGAGUUUUUGCAUUUAGAAGAGUUGACCAUCUCAUAUACCCGCAAAAAGGGUUCUUUAUCAGGUCUCUUCCGGGCACUUUCACUGAAUGAUGCAACCAAAUUAAAGACUUUGGCUAUUAAGCGCAAUUGUAUCGACCUUGAAGGGGCUCGCCACCUCGUGCAGGUUGAUUCAAUCACAAGCCUAAGGUGUGCCUUCAAAGAGAAAGAAAUCUUUGCCCUCUUGGCUAAAAUGACCAAUCUCGAGACUUUGGAAAUCGCUUCGGAACAGGAAUUAAUAUAUAUUUCUGGGCACCUGCUUGACAUCUUCCGAGGAUGUCGAAAGCUUAAGACUAUUAAUAUGCGAAAUACAUUCUGGUACCUCCGCCAAGGCUUCCUGAAAAAUGUACUGGACAUACUGAAAUCCGUGAGAGAUCCCACAACUCAAGGUCCAUUGGAGAUACGGACUUCCCAGUCAUCUGUUCAAUUAAAAAAAAUGAUGACUUCCAUCGAUAAAACGUAUUUAAUUGUGAACAAUCUGAGCGACGAAGAGAGCGAGGAAGAUAGCGAGGAAGAGAGCGAGGAAGAGAGCGAGGAAGAAAGCGAGGAAGAGACCGAGGAAAAGAGCGAGGAAUAAAGCGAGAAAGAUAGCGAGGAAGAGAGCGAGAAAGAUAGCGAGGAAGAGAGCGAGAAAUGGAUGGAUAUGGUGUAGCUGAAUGCUUCGCUUUGGCUUUGGCGAUUCGACAACCACAGAGGGAAACUUUUUGAUUGUCCGACGCUAAAGUAAAAAUAUUAUUGCACUCUCGCGGACGCCCCAUCCCUUUCAACGGUCGUAUAGUGGGUCAAAAACACAACCAGGUCUGCGCACAUCACCCAUAGUUUAUGCCUCAAAUCGCGAGUCUGGUUGCCGGAAAAUUUGCUAAAUUUCCAAAACGAUUGACCAGAAGAAAGACUCAAUUUUACACCUCCAAAAAUAAAUGGAUUUGUGUGGAUUUCAAUGGGAACUUGCGCAGUUAUACGGUGCAGGGCCUUUAUUAAUUUCAUUGGAAAUUGAAAGCUUCAAUAUAAAAUUAACCUAAGAUUGGGAUCGAGAUAUAACGGCUGGUGUUGGUGUGAAAAGAUAGAUCGCGGAGAGAUCCACCUCCCCGCAUUAACCAAAAUAUGAAUUCGUCACUUUUUGCGAGCAGCGAUACCAAAAGACAAUUACAGAAAUAGAUCGUAUAGGUUACAACAAUCUUAAGAUUACAUAUGUGAAUACUUAUACAUAUACCAAAAUGAGUAACGGGUAUAAAAGUAGAGGCGCGUCCCAUGUCGAUCGAAAGUGAGAUAAGAUAACCAUAAAGAUAGAGACAAUCUUUCCAGGAAAAUAAAGGGAGUAUAAAAAGCUUCCAUAGGCUUAAAGGACAGCUUUUCGUGCUUGCAGCAGACACUGUAGCUGCAUUCCGGAGAACGUUGACGUGCUAGAGAGACGUGUAAAUUAUCCGUACAGUUUAUAUAUGUAAGACUGUUCCUUAAAGUGCAAUUAUAAAGUAUUCGGUGCAUUAAUAUAACAUGCACUUGGUGCCGUAUUAACCAGUGAAUUACAAUUCUAAAUUUUAGUAUUACAAAUGAUAUUAGAAGAAAACUAAUCGUCCAUGUGUAUGAGUCACUCACUAGACAAGCAAAAACUUUGCCAGCGAAACAAAAAAGUUAAAUAAAAAUAUAAAAUAUCAAUAACCGUCUCAAUAAAAAAACAUUUCGCAAUUGUAACAAAUCAAACGCCGUGACUAACUUAAAAUGAGUCAAAUGAGCAUUUUUGAACUGCCACCCGAUUGCUUCUUUGAAAUAUUUAAGUACAUAAAAGAGAACUGCGAGAGAGAGAAACCAAAUGCGCCCCACGAAAUCAAGUAUGAAGAUUUCAUUAUCUUGGCCAUUUGCUGCGACACCUUUGACGAUCUGAUCCAGGAAUGGAAAAUUGAUCUAUAUGACAGGCUUUGGGAAAAUGUGCGCUUUCCGAGGUACAUAACUCACAUCGACUUUGAAGAUGUGAAUGCCCGGUUAAAGAGAAAGUCAGCAAAAGAAAAGGAAACCUACUGGAGGGAGCUCAGCCACGCCAUCAGGGACGCACAUUUGACCACUGUCUCAUUGCGUUGCGAAUCGGAAUCAUUCCAGAGUGAUCACUUUGAAGCAUUUCACACCGUGAUAGAUCAACUCCAAAACAAGCCAAAUCUGAAAAGGCUGCUCAUUGAUGUACGGGGCUUCACCCUAAAAGGUCUGGGAGGAAUUAGAAGCCUUGAGACGCUCCGGUUAGAUAUCCGGAUGGAUAUUGAUGAUUUGAUUGAAAUCUGCCGCCUGAACAAAAACUUGUUCAUUCUGGAAUACAUGAAUAAUGAAACGGGAGGAAAGAGGCUGGCCGCGAUCGCCCCGCAUUGCGAACAUUUGCAACAACUCACCUUCAAAAUGAGAACCGACCGCGAUGCAAGCGAAUACAGGCCUUUGGCUAAGAUUCCCAGACUGCAAUACUUACAAAUCGCAGGCGUCCACGAGAAGGGCACUCUUCAGCCCCUGCUGGAGGGAUUGGCCUGCAAAGACCUCUACACAUUGUCCAUAGUCUAUGCAACAUUGGACCACAAUGAAACGCAGGCAAUGGCCCAGAUCGAUACAUUAAUUCGAGUGGAGUGUGGAUUUGACGAUCCCCAGAGCAUUGGGCUCUUGUCCCAACUGACCAAACUCAAUUACUUGAAGAUACUGUCCAAACAUGACUUUGGCCCACUAUCGGAACCAGUUCGGAGGAUUUUAGUGGAGUCAAAAGGGAAUCUGUACAUUGCGCUAGUCAAUUUGACAAUAUCAUAUGAACCAUGUGGCUUACUUACACUUUUUAUGGGAGAGGAGAAUGAGAGUGCCUCCGACUACAGUCCCCUUUCGACUCUGCCUGGUCUGUCUUCGCUUAAAAUUCACAGAUCGCUCCAAGGUGGUUCAUUUAAGCCGAUUCUCAAUGGAUUCAGGAACGCACCCACAUUGACGGACUUGUUGUUGGUAUCUAUCACGGCAGAGGAAUUCGCAGCUGUAUCUGAAAUCGCAUCCCUGAAGAGACUGGAGUUUGUAUUUGCCGAAACACAAAACGCUGAGCUCCUCGCGCAGCUACCCGUGCUCGAGGAGUUGACUAUUAAAUCUGUGACAUCAUCUCCAGGAUCCCUCCACGGCCUCCUGGCUGCUCUGGCUUCGAGGGAGUCGCAGACACUACAAAAGUUGUGUUUGAAAAGAAAGAUCGAUGCCGUGGAGGCAAAGGAACUGUCCCGCCUGAAAUCUUUGCGAACUUUGGAAUGUCAGUUCGCUGAUCCUCUGGACAUUAAGCUUCUGUCUCAACUAAUCAAACUCGAAAAGCUCUACCUGAAUGCCAAUGAAAUGCUAGACCAGAUAUCGCCUGGUGUCCUAACGGUUAUAAAGUACUGCAAAAAGCUAGCUGAAAUCCAUAUCAACUGUAAUCCAAACCACUCCGGUCAUGACGACAUAGAUUCGACUGAAAUCCUCACCGAAAUGUUGGAUGCCUGCUACGAUGAAAUUGUUAUACACAUCAAUGGCAAGAAACGGGCGGAAAUAAAAAUGUCCGCUGAAUUGGAUUUCUGGAAAGGAAAUAAAUUCCCGAUAGCACCUUUAUGCCGCCUUGAAUCUGUAAACCAUAUGGUCGAAAUCGCAAGAAACGACAGCACGUCAAAACAUUUUUUUUUCAAAUUUUGGUUCUUAAUCAUUUUUUUGGUUUUACUGCUCCCACUGUAUCAUAAAACACAAUGACCAACACGACACCUAUUGAUAGUUUCGAAAAUUUGCACUGAAUAAUAAAUGAAUGAAUAAAUGAAUAAAAACAUGGCACUUAACAAAAAGGUUUUGUAAUAUCAAAACAACAUUUUAGUUUACUUGCUCAUUAACAUAUUUGAGUAGAACUAAGUUAUUAGAAGUUAUUAAGUUAUUAAGUUAUGUUAUUAUCUGUAAUGAAAAAGAAUUCUACCGCAAUUAUUUGUGUAACCAAACAAAAUACUUACACUUCUUUAAGCCUUUUCAGACUACUUUUGAAAUAAAGCAUUAAAUCAGUAAUAUAAUAAUAUCUGUCUAUGUUCUGAAAUGAAUUAUGUUUGUGACGUCAGUCAAAUAUUUUAAUAUUACAUUGAUUUUCUGAACGAAAAAAUACUUCAGAAUCGAAAAACACCAUCGAAGAGGUUGAUAUAUAGUCAUAAAUGUAAUUAACUUUAUUACUUCCAUCCUUAAGCUACAGAAGAGCAUACUUUUUCGAAGGGGUUGCGCAGCUUGAAAACCUAUUUCGAAAAUUGUGUAGCGUAAUAGUCAAUUUUGACGUUCAUUACUCUGUUAUUUAAGAGUACAGAAAAA